AUGAAUGAAGUGAUCAAACUUCAACAACAGCUCAAGACAAAAGAAAUACAGAAAUGUGAACUUGUGGCCAACUCAAGACAACUGGAAGAUGAAAAAAAGCACUUAAAGUUAGUUAACUUGGAACUUUUAACAUUUCAAGAAAGAUAUAACAAAAUGAAAGAAGAGAGAAAUAAUUACAAUGAUGAACUAAUUAAAGUAAAGGAUGAUAAUUAUAACUUAGCAAUGAGAUACGCCCAGUUAAGCGAGGAGAAAAACAUGGCUGUGAUGAGGAGUCGAGACCUGCAACUUGAGGUGAGAUGCACUUCUGAAUUAAGUUGUAUGCAAUUGUUUGCUGUAUGUAUUUCAAAUCAUAUGGCAAUGUAGCUGACAAUAUGGACAAAUUAUUAAUAAAUUGAUGAUUUACUAAUUUUAUAUGAUGUUUAAUAAACAACCUUGUUUCUCAACCACUGGAAUGCAUGGGGUGCGCAUUCCAGUGGUUGAGAUACAAGGCUGUUUAUCAAAACAUCAUAUAAAAUUAGUGUACCCCCAUCAAAUUGUAUGUUUGUGUAUGCACAGUUCCUUAAUCUGUAUUUUGUAUAAAUUGUGGCAUCUACGGCACAACUGCUGAGAAAUGCAUGUUCCAAGUGUGCCCCCAAUUCCCUCUUUUGUCUACACACACAUUCCCUGUCAGACACACACUCACUAGCAUUAUUAAGGCACUGAAGAGCCAAAACAUCACUUGAUUAUGGGGAUGGCUUACCCCUAUAUAAAUACUUUCACCGUUUUUUUUUUUCCUUGAGUGCUGCCCGUGUUUUAUGUUUACUUGGUACUCACAUGGAUUGGUGGUGUCCGUAUGGAUGGAGCACCUCCUGGAUUAGUGACUGGAUCGCAAAGUGGAACCUGUGUGCAAGGUGACAUGUUUCCUGUUGUUAGACUCUUUCCCUCUCUUUCCCUCUCUUUCCCUCUCUUUCCCUCUCUUUCCCUCUCUUUCCCUCUCUUUCCCUCUCUUUCCCUCUCUUUCCCUCUCUUUCCCUCUCUUUCAGUGGGGAUCUUUUCCCUGUUAUUCAGUAUGGCAGGGCUCGACAAAUCCCAGGUCGCCAUAGCAACUAGAAAUUUCUUUCUGGUGACUGGAACUUGCCACAUGGAAUAUUGGAGCAGCCCACCCUGGGAAGCAAGGAGGCAGCUGCCUGCCCUGAUAAGCAUGGAGGCGCGCAAGAGAGCAGUACUCUUCUCGCAGUUCCUCUCUGCUCCCUCAUGCUGUUUAAUGAUGCUGGGAGCUGAAAUAUGUCACUCCAGUCCCGACAUCACUACAGGGAGCGCAAGGGAGUACAGAGGAGCUGCAGGAAGAGUCAGUGUGUGUUUAUGUGUGUGUGUGUUAGUGGCGUACACACGAUCCAUGGAGUCCCGGUGCGAAAACUGAUCCGUGGGCCCCCCAGCGCUUACACUGUGCAGGCCGGGGCAGCAACACAUGGCGGCGGGCACCUGGUCGAAGGGGUCGCAGGGCUGUGACCCCUGCAACCAUGGUAUGUACGCAGUUCAUGCAGAUACGCAUACACUUAAAGGACCACUAUAGGCACCCAGACCACUUCAGCUCAAUUAAGUGGUCUGGGUGCCAGGUCCCUCUAGUUUUAACCCUGCAGCUGAAAACAUAGCAGUUUCAGAGAAACUGCUAUGUUUCCCUCAGGGUUAAUCCAGCCUCUAGUAGAUGUCUCACUGACAGCCGCUAGAGGCGCUCUCCCACAGACUGAUGCCACUGCCAGCCUCUGCGGGCCCUGAGGUGGCCAGCUCCUGGGCCCCCUGGUCACAGCUGCACCCCAUAGUAUGUAUGCCAGUGGUGUGUGUGAGCCUGUCAGAUUGUGAGUGUGUGUAUGUGUGUGCGUGCAAGCAUGUUGUGAGUGUGUGAGCCUGUCAGAGCAUUUGUGAAGGUGUUUAUAUUCACCAGUUUCCCCAUGGCUGAUCCCCACCUCCAUAGCUGAGAUUAUGAAUUUUAUGAUCUCCGCUAUGCCAAUGCUUUCCCUUAGGAAAGCAUUGGGAGGAUUUCGUGCAUGCACAGCUUGCAAAUCCUCAUAGAGAUGCAUUGAAUUAAUAAAUCUCUAUGAUGAACAUUCAGCGCCUCCAAGCAGAGCUUGGAGAGACUCAAACGUGGGUGCUGCACACUGUGCAGCAGUGACCCUGGGCACUCUAAUGGCCGUCUGAGUGACUGUCACUAGAGGUGUUACUAAUCCGCAAUGUAAACCCUGCCUUUUCACUGAACUGUUUACACUGAAAAGCCUGCAGGGACAGGCUAUAGACACCAGAACAACUACACCAAGCUGUAGUAAAACGGUUAUUAAUGCUACUUAGUUAAUUGAUUUGAUAAAAUGCAGAAUAAAUUAAUAACCUGUCAUUGUACACUUAAGUUGGUUUUAAGUUAAAGAGUGGAAAAUAUCAUCUGUAUAUUAUACAAGCAAAAAGCCAGAAAACUUAAAUAGAUUUUAUAGUAAAGCUUUUUGAAAAUGUGGGCUUUUCCCUAUCUGUUAAUUAAUUCUUGUAAUACACCCCUACAAUGAUAAUGUCAGCAGAAACCUGUGGUAAUAUAUCAAUGUUAUUAGGUCUAGAUGUGACAGUAUUAACUGUCACUGGGGAUGGAAGACAGACACUGUGUUUUGGUCACUGUCACCUUCCCCCUUUUUCCUGUCCUAUUGUUUCCCCAGCAUGGCAUUGUCCCAGGGACCUUGCCAGACUAGUUUAAACUAGCUGCUCUGUCCCUUCUCAAUCUCACAUAAGCCUCAUGCAAUCAGUUCUAUUUUCUGACCCUUAUUAUUAUUAUUAUUAUUAUUAUUAUGUUAUUUAUAAAGAGCCAACAAAUUCUUCCUGUGCUAUAGUGCCUUAUGUACCCUAUUGUAUGUAAAUGAAGCUGUUGGGGGCUUAAAUGUGUGUUAUGUCUAUUAAAGUUAGUUGCUGUUUUAACCUUCACCAAGUGUCGUCUGGUGUUUGGUCCAGGGUAGAAAAGGCCCUCAGUGAUCCCAGUCAAACCUCGGAGACUGGGUCUGAAGUGCUCCAGAGUUCCUGAUGGCUACGAGGAAGCAGACUUGGCGGAGGUAUUCGGUCGGAGUACUGGAGCUCUGCCACACUAGAAUACUCAAUGUGAAAUAUUGUGGAGUAUAUUUAUUUGGAACAUAUACACUUUUGUACAAUAAAAUGGAGCUUUAGCUUAUUUCUAAGUAAAAAAUAAAUAACAACCAUAACAUGGUACUGUUUUUAAAUCAAAGGUUAUUAGAAAGCCAAUUGUGUACUCACAAGAUUUUAGCAAGAUUAUGCUUUAAAUGUGCCUUCACUUGAUGUGCUGGGAGGCACCUUUUAAAGUGCAAUCUUGCUAAAAUCCUGUGAGUGCACAAUUGGCUUUCUAAUAACCUUGGAUUUCAAACAGUUUUUUUUUUAUUUUUAAUCAUGAAUAAGUUGAAACCUAAUAUUUUUCAUAUGUAUGUUGUAAAAUGAGGCUAAAUAGGAGAAGCACUCGAGGUAGCUGCUUAGAAUGCACUAAGCCUAAACAGUGGAGUAAUUCAUGAUUUUAGCAAAUUUAUCAAUAGUAAAAAUGGUACCAAUACUUCUGAUUAAUAUCUAUAAUAUGUUAUCCUAAUUGACUAUAGAUUGAUCGUCUCAAACAUCAUUUAAAUAAAGUUGAAGAGGAGUGUAAACUGGAAAGAAAUCAGUCCCUUAAAUUGAAAAAUGACAUAGAGAAUCGACCAAAAAAGGAACAGAUGUUGGAACUAGAGCGGGAAAAUGAAAUGUUGAAAACCAUGAUGCAGGAGUUACAGUCCAUGAUUCAGGUAAAAUUAAUUUUAAUAGUUAGAAAGCAUUUUAACCAAAUGUUGCUGAUGGAAUAAAGGAAUGGAGAAGAAAAGGGUGGAUGACUUUAGCUGCCCAUAGUUUAGUUAUUAAACAUCCCACAUGUAGAAAAUGGGCUUUUCUUGAGAUGUUUGUUUUUCACACCAGUAUUCUUAACAAAUCGAAUCAGUGUCUUGCAACUAAAACUUAUGUUUAUUCAAACAUACACAUCAUCCGGUUAUAACAUAUGCAAAUAAUAGUCUUUGUCCAAUACAGAGCAAUGUUCAAGAUGGUAUCCAUUUUUGAUGUUAAAGUUAUUAGCCACAAAAUCUUGGCUACAAUCAGUUUUAUAGGUUAAAAAUUCAGUUACAUAGGGGCGUAUACACAAGGUUGCCUUACUAUAAAAUAAGUGGCUUAUCACAGAAAAAGGGGAGUGACUUAGCAUCAUUUGAAAUCUAUGAUUAAAGCCAUACGUUAUAUUUAAAAUAUAAGUUACACAAAGAAAUGCUAUAUACAUGAUUAAAUGCCUUUAGCAAUGUGAGACUUCACAGGUAGUCUGGCUUACAAAGCUUAAGUCAAAGGCGAAUAUCAACAGGUCUCCAUCCAUCAUUCUUAACAAGAACCAUAUGUGUAUACAAUUACAGUCUGUUAAUAUAGGCCUAUGUAUGGCCCCUCCGUGUCUGUUCUGGAAGUACUUUGAAUAAAACUUAUAAUAUUCAUAUCACAAUGACAAUCCUACAACACAUUAAAUAUUUAAAGUUCAUUAAAUAUAUUUCACUGCCUUAUGGAUUUCAGUGGGAGUAUGAGAAGAGAGGCUAAAGUUAUGUCCUCCCUUAAAGGGGCAUAUAGUCACCAAAGCAAAUUUAGCUUAAUGAAGCAGUUUUGAUAUAUAGAUCAUGCCCCUGCAGUGUCACUGUUCACUUCUCUGCCAUUUAGGAGUUAAAUCACUUUUGUUUCUGUUUAUGCAGCCCUAAUCACAUCUCCCCUGGCUGUGGCUAGCACAGCCUGCAUGAAAAAAAAAAAUCAUUUUCAUUCACACGUUAACUUGCUUUAGAAGUUUUUAUCUUCUGCUCUUAAAAUGUAACUUUAAUUACAUACAGGAGACUCCUGUAAGGUCUAGCAGGCUAUUAACAGAGCAGAAGUUAAGUAAUGCUAAAUUAAGCAGAAUUUGCAAUACAGGAAGUGUAAACAUUAGAUGACCUUUUACAGGAAGUAUUAGAAUUGAACAGUGACACUGCAGGAACAUCAGUGGCGUACAUACCAGGGUCGCAGGGGUCGCGGCUGCGACCGGGCCCGGCCCACCAGGGGGCCCGGCCGCCCCUGCGACCUGGUAUGUACCCACAGGGCCAGCCUCUUCCCCUGGGGGGCCCAGGAGCCGGCCACCCCAGGGCCCCCCGAGGCUGGCCCUGCUGACCCCGGCGGGCUGGCUAUCUGGGUGGCCGGUGCGCGAGGGAGCACUCAGUGCUUCCUCUUCAGCUCCCUCGCGCGCCGCACUGAUACCGGAGCCGGAAGAUGACGUGCUCCCUCGCGCACCGGCCACCCAGAUAGCCAGCCCGCCCGCUCAGCGGCACCACUGGACCCCAGGGAAUCCCCCAGCACUCCAAAAGGUAAGGAGGCUGGGGGGGAUUAAAUUUUUUAAAAAAUGUGUGUGUGUGUGUCAGUGAGUGUGUCUGCUAGUGAGUGUGUUACUGUGUGUGUGUCUGUUAGUGAGUGUGUGUUUGUCAGUGAAAGUGUAUGUUUUGUGAGUGUGUAUGUAUGUCUGUCACUGAGUGUGUCUCUGUCAGUAAAUGUGUGUGUCUGUUAGCUAGUGUGUAUGCGUCUGUUCGUGAGAGUGUGUGUGUGUGUGUCUUCAGCAUUUACCUUUCUCCAGCGUCGGACUCCCUUGGCGCUGGGGAUCCCUCCUCCUCUCAGCUCCGAAUGCACAUGCGCGGCAAGAGGCGCGCGCGCAUUUAAACCGCCGAUAGGAAAGCAUUACUCAAUGCUUUCCUAUGGACGUUCAGUGUCUUCUCACUGUGAUUUUCACAGUGAGAAUCGCUGAAGCUCCACUAGCGGCUGUCAAUGAGACAGCUACUAGAGGCUGGAUUAACCCUCAGUGAAACAUAGCCGUUUCUCUGAAACGGCUAUGUUUUCAGCUGCAGGGUUAAAACUAGAGGGACCUGGCACCCAGACCACUUCAUUGAGCUGAUGUGAUCUGGGUGUCUGUAGUGGUCCUUUAAGUGUGUGUGCAUACCGCGGUCGCGGGGUCGCAGCCCUGCAACCCCUGUGACCAGGUGCCCGCCGCCAUGUGUUGCGGCCCCAACCCGCGCCGAGUAACCGCGGGGGGGGGGGGCCACGGAUCAAUUUUCGCACCGGGGCCCCAUGGGUCAUGUGUACGCCACUGAGGAACAUGAUAUACACACCCAAACUGCUUUAUUAAGCUAAUGUUGUUUUGGUGACUAUAGUGUCCCUUUAAUUUAUGUAUGAAAGGGUGAGCAUCUUUAUUCCAUUCAUUAUUUUUCUAAUGGGUAUUUAUCUUAUUGUACUUCUCGUAGAUUGCAUAGGGAACUAAGAUGCAUUAAAUUGAAGUCAGUAAUUAUGCACAUGAAAAAUCAAUAGCAAUAGAAUAGUAAAACAGAUGAAAAUUUAUUACUUUGGCUGUUUUUAGCUCUCUCGCGCUCGCUCUCUCUCUUCUGACGUCCCUGGCUAAAUGCUCAUGCGGGCAAGAAAAUCACAGUGAGAAGCGCCUCUAGAGGCUGGAUUAACCCAUAGGUAAACAUAGCAGUUUCUCUGAAACUAUGUUUACAGCAAAAAGGGUUAAACCUAGCUGGAUCUGUCACCCAGACCACUUCAUUAGGCUGAAGUGGUCUGGGUGCCUAUAGUGGUCCUUUAAAAUAAUUUUUACUUUUUCUCAUUGCCCUGUCAUGGUUUCCCUUAGUUGGUUAUCCGAGAGUGUGUUUCUGGUAUUGACUUUGGCUUCGUUUUGACUUCCCUGACUUCUGGUAUCCUUGACUAUUGGCUUUCCCUUUUCGCUGUGUCCCAUUCGGUGUCCCUGAUCUUAGCUAAUAUAUUGACUUUUCUUAGGUAUGUUAAGUCCGGCCAUUCUGCAAGCUGGAUCAACUGUAAUCCUGAUAUUACGACAUGGCCAUAGAUUCUGCAAAGUUGUCAGCACAUGGAGGCUUUCGAAAGAAAGCUAGAAGAGAAUGAUCACCAUAUGGAUCAGUUUGCCCAGGCUUUCAGUACGCUUCUUACUUGGAUGGCUCAUUUACAGCCUGAGGUCCCUCCGAGUAUCUCACCUCUGCCUAAUAUACCUCCACAUAUAGUAUAUAAGGCACCUACUAUCUCAUUAUCUCCACUCCCGCAUUUUGAUAGGAAUAUUCAAGAAUGCCAGAGAUUUCUCAGUCAAAUUGAGUACCACUUUGAGGCUUCACCGGGAUCUUUUCCCACAGAUAGAACUAAGAUUGGGUACUUGAUGAACCAGCUUAAAGGUAAAGCCUUAACUUGGGCGAAUCCAAUAUGGAAGAGUAAUGAGUAUUGCUUAUAACUACCAGGAAUUCCUUUUGGAAUUUAAAUUAACAUUUGAACCAUUAGGCAGGGAAGAUGCUUCCACUGCCCUAAUGUGUAUCAAACAAGAGAACCGGUCUAUCUCAGAUUAUGCCAUAGCAUUUCGCACCUUGGCUUCUGAGGUAGACUGGACUAAUAGCGGUUUGAUCUCUGCAUUUAAAUAAGGAUUAUCCAAGGCAAUUCUUGAUGAAAUUACUACCAAAAAUCUACCUAGGUUAAAUGAGUUCAUCACAUAUGUGAUGCAGAUUGAUAACAGAUUUAGGACCAGGGAAAUUACUAGAAAUAGAACCAGACGUAUGGCUAUGUCACUGGCACCUCGUUUCUCCAAACCUACUAUCCCUGACUUCUUCUGUAAAGUCAGAACCUGAACCUAUGCAGUUAGGGGUCACUAGACUGUCAGUGGCAGAGAAACAGUAUAGGAGAAAGGAGGGUCUGUGUUUAUACGGUGAUAGAAAAAAGAUAUGAGAAGUGCUUGUCCCACCCAUGAAUACGUCCUCUGGUAAUAACCAAAAUAGAUUUAUCCUUGACAUCAUGGCCCUUUGCAACAAGAAAAGCUUUUCAUGCAAAGCACUGAUGGACUCAGGUGCUGCAGGAAACUUUAUGGACAUGCAUUUUGUGAAAAAAAAAAAAAAAAAACACUCCAUACCUAUCACCUCCGUUGAGGCUAUUGACGGGAGACCUCUCUCUCAACCUUUGAUUACCCACGAAACCAUGCCUAUUAACAUUUCCAUACGAGCUUUACACAAGGAAAACAUAACAUUCUAGAUAAUUGCUUCUCCUUCUUGUCCCAUCAUAUUAGGAUUUCCUUGGCUCAUUAAGAACAAUCCUCAUAUUGACUGGGCAAAGGGGGAAAUACUGGAAUGGGAUAAAGACUGUAUAGAGAGAUGUUACCCAUUACCAAGACAGUGGGCAUCGUUAAUUUGCCCACUACACCUCAGACCUCCUCACAGAUUAUAUGAUUGCUCCAAAGAUCUGCAACCUGGCGCUAUGCCCCAUAGGGGGGAAAUAAAUGCCUUAUCUCCACAGGAGAGAAUCAUGGAUGAGUUUAUCAGAAAUUUCCUAAGUAAGGGCCACAUACGUAAAUUAUCCUUGCCUGCUAGUGCAGGGUUCUUUUUUGUAUAAAAAGAAAAAUGGAGAAUUACGCCCAUACAUUGAUUACAGGGCAUUAAACAAGAUCACCAUAAAAAAUGCCUUCCCAUUCCCCUCAUCUACUAAUUGUUUGACAGACUCCAGGGUGCUAACAUAUUUACUAAACUUGACCUCAGGAGUGCGUACAAUUUGGUAAGAAAUAAGGAAGAUCAUGAGUGGAAAAUGGCAUUUAACACUAGAAGUGGGCACUAUGAGUACCUGGUCAUGCCCUUCGGGUUAUGCAAUGCUCCGGCCGUAUUUCAGGAUUUUAUGAACAAUGUACUCAGGGACUAUAGCUAUUCAUUUGUUCUAGUUAACCUGGAUGAUAUCCUUAUUUAUUCCCCAGACCUCCAGACUCUUCAUGAACAUGUUAAACAAGUAUUACAAACAUUGCUUGAUAAUUGACUUUAUUGUAAACUUGAGAAAUGCAUAUUUGAUCAGCAUGAGGUUCAGUUUUUGGGAUAUAAUAUUUGAUCAUAACUGACCACAAAGAUUUUGGCAUAUAUAGAUGAUGCUAAACGACAGUCUUCUUGAUAGGCUAGAUGGUCUUUGUUCUUAUCUCGCUUUAAUUUUAUUUUAACUUACAGACCUGGUCCCAAAACUGUUAAAGCUGACGCCUUAUCUAGACAGUUUGACAUUGAAUUGGAGUACGAACAGGAGACAUCCCCUAUUCCACCUGAGUAUCAUUGCUUCCACUGUUCUUCCUCUACUUACUCUGCUUGGUGCUAUCAUGGGGGAUCAAUCCCAGGCACCUUGCAAUAAACCUCUAAAAAAUUGUUCCGUUGAUUGAAAGAGACCAGGUAACGAGGGUGUUCCACAACAAUGUGACUGCUGGGCAUCAAGGCAUUUCCCUUAGAUGGUUAUCCGAGAGUGUGUUCCUGAUCGUAUGUUUCUGGUUAUUGACUUCGUUUUGACUUCCCUGACUUCUGGUAUCCUUAGUCCAUAUCCGCUAUCUUGAGAUCAUUUUGGUGGCAUUCACUCAGGAAACAUGUCAAGGAAUAUGUGCAGUCCUGUUCAGUAUGUGCAGUUUCUAAGGUUCCUCAUAAACUUUCAUGUGGAUUAUUACAUCCACUUCCUGUACCUAGUGUUCCAUGGUCCCAUUUGUCCGUGUAUUUCAUCGUGGAACUUCCAAGUUCAAAUGGCUAUACCACAAUCCUUAUGGUGAUUGACCAUUUUUCCACGAUUGCUCAUUUUAUGCCACUCAAAAAAAUUGCCAUUCUCACGGGAACUGGAUCUUAUUUUUAUACGAGACAUUGUCAGACUACAUGGUAUUCUUCAAAAUAUUGUGUCUGACAGGGGCUCUCAGUUUGUGUCUGGAUUUUGGAGGGCUUUUUAAUUAACAGUUGGGUAUUGAAUUGUCACUCUUUUCCCAUCCCAAAACCAAUUGCACGCCUGAGAGGGCUAACCAAUCAUUGGAAUUGUAUUUACCUUGUUUUGUGAAAAGCACAUAAGAUAACUGGUCCAAAUUGUUGCCCUGGGCCGAGUUUGCCAGGAACAAUACUACACAUGACUCUUCUGGACAUAGUCCAUUCUUUGUCAAUAACAGUCAUCAUCCUACUGGCUGUUUUCUCUGAAACAGCUAUCCCUGCUCUGGAUGAUCACCUCGCUUCUAUUCGUGAGACUUGGACCAAAGUUCACUGCGCUCUCUACUGCGGCUGCUCGUUUCAAAUUUCAUGCUGAUAAACGACAGGGUGCCAGCACUGUUAACCAGGUGGGUGUGGUUAUCAUCACGCAACAUAAAACUGAAAGUUCCUAGCAUGAAGUUUGCCCCCAGAUUCCUUGGUCCAUUUUGUAUCAUUCGGAGAAUUAACCCUGUUUCCUAUUCUCUGGCACAUCCUGCCUCCUUACGUAUUCCUAAUACAUUUCAUGUUUCCUUACUCAAACCUCUUAUUUGCAAUAGGUAUACUGUCCCAAGUGUUACCCCUCCUCCAUUAGUUGUUUCUGGACAGGAGGAGUAUGAAGUUUCCUCCAUAAAUUGAUACCAGGUUUUCUUGUGGUUCCUUACAGUAUUUAGUUGAUUGGAGGGGGUAUGGGCCUGCCGAGCGUUCUUGGGUUCCGGCUUCCAACAUUCAUGCUGGCCGCAAGAUUCGUUCUUUCCACGCCAAGUUUCAUCUCAAAUCUGGUACUGCCCGCCUGGUGGGCAGUCUUCAGGUAGGGGUUAAUGUCACAUUCAUCCUCACCUUGUGAUAUCCUGGCAAUAACGGAAGUGCUGCUCAGCAGCCCAGCGCCAGUAUACCGGACUCCUGCAACAUGUUGGUGGACUCUGGCCGCUGUGGAUACAUGCCAUUCUAUAGCCCCACGUCCGCCGACGUCAAUGUGCGUGUGAUGACACGCAAAAGACGCACGUUCUGGGGUCAAAGGCCAGUUACGGCCAAUCGGAUCUUUAGGAGGCUUAUUUAAACAAAUUUUUACUUUUCUCAUUGCUCUGUCAUUGUUUCCCUUAGAUGGUUAUACGAGAGUGUGUUCAUGAUCGUAUGUUUCUGGUUAUUGACUUCAUUUUGACUUCCCUGACUUCUGGUAUCCUUGACUAUUGGCUUUCCCUUAUUGCUUUGUCCCAUUCUGUGUCCCUAACCUCGGCUAGUAUAUUGACCUUUUUUAGGUACGUUAAGUCCGGCCAUUCCAAGGUCCGGUUAGACGUUACCCUUAGUCCUAGGUGUGACACAAUUCUGCGUGCUGGAUCAACUGUAAUCCUGACACUCCAUCACCUAAUGGACUUUACUUUUUCCAUCCAUUCUUUUACAGAGGGUGUUACAGUUGAAAUCGAGUGUUAGGGAAUCAGUGCCUUGGCUGCCUUCAUUAGAUGGGGUAUCAGAGAUCUUGCAAGUGGUUGUUGUUGGGGAGCAAGUGAAAGAGAUGAGUUAAAAUGAAAUAGAAGCCCAAUAUGGUUGGUUUUUAUGGCAAAAACACCAAAUGUGAGCUGUAUUGCCUAUGUGUUCCCCGCACCUCCAACAUUAUUUGGAUGUAUUAGGGAAUAUUCAAUGCAGGGCCUGAGGGGAUAUACGCCAUGUGACGAGACCAAUCUCGCCACUGUGCAUUAGAGGAGCCUGGUUGCCUGCCUGCUGCCUUUUGACUAUGGACCUGCAUUUAAAUACUUUAUUUUCCUAGGCAGAAAGGUCUAUUCAUGUAUUUCUACCCGGGUGUUCGGUAGAUUCUAUCUACCGAACAAACAGCCGUCUAUUUGUCAUGGUAGUAUACCCCAACACGUAAGAAUAGUCCAACGAGAGACAACAAUAUAAGUCUUACCGGACCUUAGCAUGGCCGAACUUUGACGUGGACAGGAAAAGACAGAGUCAAGAACGAGCCAAGGUCAAGGGAACAGAGAGACAGCCUAAACAAGAACUAGCCAAGGUCUGGUACACAGGAGUCAGGAAACUGGCAAACAAGACAAAGCAGGGAUAAAGAGAAAAAUUGAGUCAGGUACAAAGCCAAGGUCAAACACGAAAAAAAACACUACUACACGAAGUAAGCACUAAAGGGAUCUGAAUCAGAAACCACGAUAGGGCAGGGAGUUAAGGGAAAGGUGUGUAUAAAUACCUAUUAGUUUAAUUUGAUUGGCCCUUGUCAUAUCCACGCCCCCAAAACGUGAGUGGAUGGGAAAUGUGGAAUGACAUGGGCCAAUGGGAGAUUUUUUAUAUUUUUUUUUGCUUCCACUGUCCCUUUAAAAACGCACCCGUUAUGUGCAGCGCACUCCCAGUGCCUGGCACGUCACGUGGCCGCUUCUCGCAGUCAGUGCACACCUUCCCGUCAGAUGAGCCGCGCGCAGUUUCAGGACAGUGUGCGGCGGAGAAGGAGGACCUCGCCUGGCCCCUGGAGAGGGUAAGUACUGCUACCCUACUGGCCUCUUAGGAGCCGCGGUUAGCUUGCAGGCACCGCCAAUUGACCGCCUAGAAGCCAUGGUUAACUGACUAUACUGGGUGGCUGAGGCUACGCAUACUGAACACUGGAUGGCAGCAGUUUGCAGUUCACAUGCGGCCGGUACAUUCACGGAUUUACUGAAUGAACUCAUUUAACCCAGAUGACUGUGCAAUAAAAUACUUUGGCUCCAUGGCAAUUUACCUGUAUGUGUGUGGUCUGAGCGCCAUUCAGUAAUAAUGUGUGCUCAGACCUAAGCUAUCUGGGGAUAUGUUGCAUGUCUGUAUUUUAUGUCAUAAAUGUAUCCUUUAUUGUAUUUUACUGUCUUUUUAUUGCCAUGUGCUUAAUGGAGUUUUGCCUCUGUCCUUGGAGAUAAUUGGAUUACUUCCCAAUUAUCUCCAGGAUAGAGAGGAGGGAUUGUGAUGUCAUUGUGGGAGUGUUUAUCUGUGUUGUAUGUUUUGAUUGGAUGUUCCAGAAAACCCUGUGGGUGGGACUUGGUAAAAUGUAACUUAGAACAUACUAAUUGCAUGGCAGUCUACUGAGGAAGCAUGGAUGAGCAUGAAUAUUCUCAGGAAAGUUCAGGAAUCCUUUUGUUGAUUCUUUCUUAUUAUGAUACAGAAAAUGGGUUGGAGAUCACAAUAGUGUCUCAAAUUUUGUGUAGAUCGUCGGGUUGGCUAUCUAUGGGAUAUAGGGUUUUAAAAUGUGGCACAUCAGGAAAAAUGGGUAUAGCAUAGUAGUAGCGAUAUUUCUCUGGGUUGUGCUAGUCUUUCUAUGGGGAUAAUGUGUGCAUUCUGUAUCACAUCUUGGAAUUUAAGGUAGGAGUUCUCACUUGGUGUGAGAGGCAUAAUGUUGAGGUAACAUUAUGAGAUACCGGCAACAGGGGUGUCUAUUAACAUAGUCGGAUUCAUGUCUAUCCAAUGUUUUUUCUCCAGAUUGUUGGGGCAAUAGAAGGGUGUGCUGGAGGACAAAUAGCCUCAAGGGUUGUGGUUUGUCAUAAAAGUGGUGACAAUACUUUGGUAUUUAACUAUCGCCCGAUAUCCAUGCUCCCUGUAUUGUCAAAAAUCUUGGAAAAAUGCAUCCACACACAACUUUGUGAAUAUUAUCAAAUUAUCUGACCCCUGAUCAAUCAGGCUUUCGUCCAAAUCACUCAACUUCGACUCAAGUUUGCAAUGACAUCCAAAAUGGCAUGGAACAAGGAGACUUAACUGGAGCUAUUUUUCCUUGAUUUUGCCAAGGUCUUUGAUACAGUAGGCCAUGGCAUUCUUUUGCACAAACUUAAAAAAAAAAAAAAAUCAGGCAUUGGUUUUAAUCAGCUAACCUGGUUUCGAUCGUAUGUUUUAGACCGAUUGCAAUAUGUUGCCAUUUCUGAUAGCUCUUCCCUCCCUCUUCCAUUUACGUGUGGUGUUCCCCAAUGCUCCAUACUUGGCCCCCUGCUAUUCACAUUAUUUAUAAAGGAUCUGCAAAUCAACUGUACACAUGUAUGCAGACGACACUGUAAUUUACGACAGUAAACCAGAGCUACUUCAGUUUGAGGCUGUGCUCCAAAACCAAUUCAGAGGUAGAAAAGUGGAUAGUGGAUAACAAACUCUUCCUAAACACUGAGAAAACCAUUGUAAUGAUCUUUGGAACUGUACCUAAAUUACGUAAACUACAAAAUCAACAAUUCUGUAUCAGAACAAAUUCAAAUAGCACACUGACAGCAGUCUGCUCUUUUAAAUAUCUAGGUAUGUUGCUAGACCUCAAUCUAUCCUUUGGCCUUCACAUUGAAAAAAAUCUCUUCAAAACUUUACCCAAAACUAGGUACCCUGUGCAGAAACAAAUCCUGCCUAAGCCAUACAGUAAGGAAACAGAUUGUGCAGCAAAUGCUAAUGCCGGUCAUUGAUUAUGGGGAUGUAGGGUAUGCACCCGCACCGCAAACCUACCUUAAUAAACUUAAUACGUUCUAUAAUUCGUUCUGCUUUUUACUAGAAUGUAAUUACUUUACCCACCACUGUGACAUGUUAACCCCUUAAGGACACAUGACAUGUGUGACAUGUCACAAUUCCCUUUUAUUCCAGAAGUUUGGUCCUUAAGGGGUUAAACAAGCUAAACUAGCUGUCGCUGGAAUCCCGACGCACUCUUCCUCUUUCCAGCCUUGUGCAUAACAGCAUUUAUAGGAAGCUCCCACCCUACCUGAGUAGCAGGCUCUCCCCGGCUGCAUACCGCAAUACAAAAAUAAAGUGUCUCAAUCCUCUUUUUACUACAGAGCAACAGUAUGGAAUAACCUCAGGGACACAGUCAAAUCUUCAUUCAAUCUAAAAUCUUUUAAGAGAUCUAUGGCAAUAUACCUCAGCACAGAAUGCACCUAUCAUGGUUGAAUAUAUUUAUUACUACUUAUGUAUUAAAUGUAUAUAUGUGUAUAUAUUUAUAGUUUGUAUAUUGAAUGUUUGUAAUAUUGUAACAAUGCGAUGUUUUGUGGACCCAGGACAUACAUGAAAAUGAUAGAAAUCUCAAUGUAUCCAUCCUGGUAAAAAUAUUUUAUAACUAAUUGUUGUUGAAGGGGAUGUAUUCACAUUGGUUUUCAAGAUCUAUCCAUUGUUUGUCCCCAUAUAAAUGUUUGUUAGUAUAACCCCUUGUUAUCCUUGUCUGCAUUUAGCACGGUCCUUUUGGGUACAAACAUGCAGUCUUUAAAAGUAACUUAAAUCCACACAGGAGACAGCAGUAAAUGGGGAAAAAAAACAAUAAUGUAACAAAAUCCCUAUAAACAAAAACCUAGCUCGUCUGAGCACUAACAUCAGAUUCCCUAGCUCUCAGGGGUUAAACUAUAACAAAAUAAUAUUGGUUUCACCAACCUAGUGUCUUUGUCAGCACUCCAGUGUUUAGUCAGACUGCUGCUUCCAGCUCUUCAAGAGAGAAACAAACCUUCUCUUACCUGCCUAGCAGGAAGGGGUUUAUUCCCACUGCUGCAGCUGAUUACCUGCAGCUGAGUAGUGGGUUGGAGACAGUCCAAAAACCCUGGCCUGGACCUAUGUCUCCCACGAAAACUACUAAACUGCGGAGUGGAGCACUGGCCCACCAAAUGCUCCACCCCAGGGGACCAUAACUAAAUAUUCAUUUCGGUUAUAUACACACAAACACACACUCCCCCUGGGGUUAAAAAUCAUAUGCCUCUCUGAACAAUUCAAUCGAAAUAUAAACUCCCUCAAAGACCACCCCAUUCACCUUAUCACACCCUAUAUGUUAAAUGACAUAAAUCGGGUAAAUCCCAGGCCCACCUGUGGUUGACAAAGAGUUGUGUAGUUGUUACGUGGAAGUUUGCUAGCCCAUAUGAAUUUAGUGACUGAUGUGCACACCGAGCUAAAGAAGACCUGUGGAAUCUGAAUAGGUAGCGCAUGGAGUAAGUAUAGGAUCCAUGGAAGAGAAUUUAUUUUAAUGUGUAUCCUCCCUAACAUAUUAAAAUGUUGCAGGUUCUAAGUGGUUACGUUCUUAGUUAUUACUGAUAAUAUUGGAGGAAAGUCAAGUUCAUAUAAAUGGGAUGGAUUAGAAAGUACCAUGAUUCCCAGGUAGUUGAUCGCAUGGGAAGUCCAAGUGAAUAGAAAUCUGCUCUUAAGGUGACUCUCGUCUACAGAAGAGAGAAUAAAGUUUAAGGAUCUCACUAUCAUCACAAUACAAUGGUUACAUCUGAGUACAAAGAAAAGUGAAGGGGAAGGGUAACCCAGGCGGGUACCAUUUCUAAGGAAGAAUGCAGUGGUAUAGUGCCCUUCUUACUAAUACUUUGGCAGUACAAAUGACUCAUGAUAUUAAAUGUAUGCCUACUGUAACGGAUCACCUGGCACCCCGGCUGGGUACCUCCGUUGAAGGAUGCUCCUAGCGCCUCCUGAGGACUCCAAGCACUGCAGCAGACACCACACCCACUGAACCGGAGAAGCAUACGAAUGCUCUCAAGCAUUGAAUGCUGUAAGCAGCUAAACAGGAAAAGCAUACAAUCAGCUUACACUCCUGGCAAUCAGCAUACAAUCCAAUUCCCCCAACCGUUUUUACAAAAUAUUAAUAACUUCUAAAAAUAUACAUGCCAUUCACAUAAAACAUACAUUUUCAGAAUCUGCAUGCUUGAAAUAUACACAUGCUCAAAAAUCAUGGCAAUCGGUUCAGGGGUUAAAAAGUUAAGGGAAAGUCCUAUUUGACAAAAUGAAGCAUGGUUUUUCUGCCCCAAACCAGUUCCACAGUGUCUUCUAUCCUGGAGAUAAUUGGGAAGUAAUCCCAUUAUCUCCAAGGACCGAGGCAAAACUCCAUUAACCACAUGGUAGCAAAAUACAAUAAAAAUGGAUAACUGUGCAGCGAUUGCAUAAAACGGGUACAUUCAACAUAUCCCCAGAUAGCUUAGAACUGAGCGUAAAUUAUUACGCUCAGAUCACAUACAUACAGUUCAAUUGCAAUGGAGCCAAAGUCUUUCACAUAGUCUUUCGUUCUACGAAUGGGCUCCAUGGCAUGGCUAUCUGGGGUAACACUGCUCACAUAGGGAAAGUACCGAAUGACCCGGCUUUCGGGUCUUUGCAGGGGAAAAGCCAGCAUUUCAACAUGGGGCCAAAGUCACAGGGCAGGAGGCUGGCAAUCAGUCUUCUCCAAUACCCAGUGGCGAGGCUGGUUCCGCCACACUUACUAAUGCAAGGAGCCCAUAUAACAAAAUGGGGGUACUAGAGGCAAUAGCAUACACCAAACAAUAUGAUAUAAUAGGCAUAACAGACACUGGGUGGGACUUAAAUGAGUACAUGUUAUUUAGGAAGUGUGACAGACCCUCUGUCCCUGAUUUCUAAAACUUGGAAAAUCUGUUAGUUUAAAACCGUUUGUCUAAAGUAAAAAGACCUUUAUUGUGCUAAAAGCCAUUCGAAUCCUGAGUUUUCUGCUGAACGACCCAGAACAGGAGUGUGGCAUCCAUUAACCUCCCUGACCAUAUUAACACCUCCAAAACCACGAACACCUUAACGUUCUAAUUGAUCAACAGCGUCGGCGUUCAUCUGCAUGAAAACGUGGCGGUGGCCAUUUUGUUUAGUUGUCGAAUGCAUGGAACUAGUUUCGGCUACUAUUUCCAUGAACACCGCUGAGACUUCUACCUUCCGUGCGUUCAGCUAAAUCCAUACGAACGGAGCUCUAAUUCUGGAGAACAAACUCCCGAACAAGACGUAUCUAAUGACAGUGGACCUGAACGGAUGCGUUUGUGCAAUUUAUAUUUUAUUUGAAGGGGAAGAUAGACCGGCCGCACAGCCUGAAUCUGUGGAACUGUUUUGGGUGUGAAAACAUGCGUGCAGUCGGUCUAAAGAGACUUUAAUCUAUCUCCGGAACCCCUGUACUGAUUCGCAGGAUUUUUUAAUAUGUUUGUUCCCCAAUUAUGCUUGUUCUGAAAAUGUAAGUUUUAUGAAAAUUGAAUAUAUAAUUUUGAGGUUAUAAAAAGUAAGUAAAAAGUGUAUUUUUUUUCGCUUGGAGAUAAUUGAGUUGAUACAGCAAUUAACUCAAUUAUCUCCCAAGCAGAGGGGAGGAAUUUACAGUAAUGAAUAGGAGUGUUUAACUGUGUGACUGUAAGCUAUUGGUUGUUGAGUUUGUAUUUUCGAUGCCCAACAAGGUCCAUGUGGGUGGUAACCUUGUGGGAAAACGUGUAUAAAAGAAUCAGUUCUACUUCACCCUCAAUCUAGAGUCUUGUCUCUUAUUUGGGGGAAACUGCUAUACAGCUAUCACACCAGCUCUUGUAAGAGCUUCACUACUUGGAUGACUACUGGAAUGCUGUGAAUACCCCUCAUACUCGGGAGAAGGACACCCUCUAGUGGUGGGAACCCCUCCACUCAUCGGGGUAACUGCUACAUUUGGUGGCAGCGGUGGGAUGGUCUUGUCUUCCCAGAGGAGGUACUGCACUAAUGGAGUCAGUAUGAGAAAAACGACUGACGCUGCAAGACUUGCUAGAGAGCCGUGGAUGUUCGGCUAGUAACCGACCACGACGGGAGCUGAUAGCCGAACUGGUCGAAUUGGACCGAACCAACACGAUGGCCAAACCUACCAAACGGAGAGGAGGACAAGAUCCAGAGAGUAGUGCAAUGGCUGGCACUUUAUGGAUGAAAUCCACCUAUGAAGCUGGUCACCCAACUCCUCAACGCAGCAAUGGAGGAGGCGAGGGAGCAAUGGAGGAGGCAACUGCAGGUACUGACCGCACAAAGAACAGAAAGUCCAGCGGUACUACCAAUUGUAUACCACAGUGAGCGGAAAAAGGUGCCGUUUGCAGCAUUUAAAGCUUUCCAAGAGACAAAUGGGGAAAUAGACAGAUAUUUAGGCCGAUUUUUGAAUCGCAAUGUGUGCUCCAUCAAGUACCCCCAGAGGAAUGGGUUACAAUUUUAUCUGGCAAAUUGUUGGGUAAAGCCAACAAGGCUCUGAGUGGGCCUGCACUCUACACCGAACUACAUUGCAUUGGGUGGAGGGGUGUCAAGCAGCAACAGGGGAAGAGGUUCUGCAGCGGUUUUUGCUGGAACAUUUUCUAGGAGCUUUGCAACUGGGCCUGAAGAGUGGGUACAGGAUAGACAGCCACUCACCCUCCAGAACGCGGCUCACUUGGCUGACGAAUAUACCAGGCGCCAAGAACCAACCGCUGUACGUCCUCGCUCCGAGCCGGCCGUUGUAAACAGAAUUCUGUGCUCUGGUCCCUCCAGUCCCUGCUCGUUAUUCCGCACCCUCUAGGUUCCAGCAGAACCAAUCCAGUAUCAGGUGCCAUGGAUGCCAACAACUGGGGCAUAUCCGUAACAACUGUGUCCCCUGGAACCACCCAGAUCCAACUAGGGACGAUCACCAACCCGGCAACAACCUACACCAGCUGCUCACUGUUUGUAGGCUGAACCAGAGGCCGAGGAAUACUUAGGGGUCUUAUAUGAGGCUGACCCCAUCCAAGUGGCCGCUCGGGACAACAGGCAACACCACCGCCAAGAGGUCCUAGUCAAUGGGCAACCGGCCCAGGACCUUUGAGACACUGGGGUCAUGUUAACCCUUCUACAGCGACACCCAAUCUGCAGUGGACCGCGCUGGAAAGACUGACUCCAUCCGAGUAGCCGAAGGAGCUAUAUAUCGGCUUCCCACUGCCCAGGUUCAUCUAAACUGGGCAGCCGAAUCUGGUACUGUGCAUGUGGGAAUCAUGGACAAGUGGGAAUCAUGGACAAUCUUCCAGCCGAAGUACUGCUGGGCAACAACCUCACAUCAGCCUGUGCUCCUACUGCAGCUGCCCAUCCCAUCACCACCCGUGCCCAAGCUCGCACCACUGAGUACAACCCACUGGUCGGGGAGAUCCAGGUAAGACAUACGGACCCCUUGACAAAAAUCCUAGCCACGACGAGGGUCAAGGGUAGCCUGGGAUACCCCAAAAGAGUUUUUGGUAGAGAAACUAGGGCCGACCCCUCCCUCAAUAAGUAUAGUCUUAGGGCAGAAACAGGUUAGCCGGCUUUAUUGCUCUUAUAUACAUUUCUCCACAAGGUUACCACCCAUGUGGCCUUGUGGAACAGCCAAUCAACAACGUACAGUACAAUCAGACACUCCCAUUCAUUACAGCAAAAUCCUCCCCUCUGCCUGUGCUAUAAUUACUAAACACAGUGGGCUAACGUAAUUAUCACAGGCAGGAAAAUAUACAGAUUUAUACAAUUCACAUAUUCUGAACCAGCACAAGCACUAUACAAACAUAUGUCAAAAUCAUACAAAUUGGUCCAGUGGUUCAAAAGUUAGGUGGAAGUCCUAUUUGCCCGACUGCAAGCAUGACUUUCCUGCCCAAAACAUUUCCACAGAUUGGAGAUAAUUGGCUUAAAUGGGUGUGGUAACUUAAUUAUCUCCAUUUACAACAGUAAAAAUACAUAAUUCCUAUUAUACUGAACAGAACCCCCACAUUCAACCUAUCCCCAGAUAUCUUGGAUCUGAGCGCUCAAUAUAUCGGAACAGCGCUCAGAUCCCACGAACAGAAUAAAAUCGUCAUGGGGUUAAAGUUUAGCAAGGGCUGAUGAGAGAUUGAGGAGGGACAAAGCCAGUUUAAACUGGUCUUGCAGUGUCCCUGGUACAACACCCUGCUGGAGAAACAAUAGACAGGAAAAAGGGGGAGGGGAAGAGGCACAUUUUCUCAUGGAAUUAAAGGGGCAGAAAGUCUUUUAAAAUCCAAUCUGCUAAAAUAGAAUUUUUAAUAUAUCCCAGGGGCCAUAGUCACAAGGCAGGAGGCUGGCAAUUAGUAACAAGUGGCGAAGGGCACAAUUGGCGAAGGGCACUUCGUCACAGCCUAGUCCAUCCGGUAAACGAUUUAUACUUACCGUGGUGGAAUGCCACCUGCUAACCGAAGCCGUCGCUCUAGCCAAUAUUCAGGCAGACACCGUUGCCAAUGCCUUAGUCUGGAUAUUCACUCGAGUGGGCUUCCCUAAAGAGAUCCUCUCAGAUCAGUGGCGGAUCCAGAGCCUGAUCUCGGGAGGGGCACUUGUAGAUUAUUUAAAGAAAUAAUCCAGACACAAUAACAACUACAGCUCAGUGUAGUGGUUAUGGUGUCAAUAAUGCCGGGACCCCCUCCCAGAGUAAGUAGUCAAACCGUUUAAGAACAGUUUGACAACUUACCUGAGGUCUGCUGGGAAAUGGGGCAGUAGUAGGGCAUAGGAGCAGUGGUGUGUGUGUGAGUGGUGCAGUGUGUGUGUGUGUGUGUGAGAGGGGGACAGUGUGUGCGCAGUGUGUGUGUGAGGGCGGCAGUGUAACAGUUGCAAUGUGUGUGUGAGUAUUGCAGUGUAUGGGGGCAGUGUGUGUGUAUCGGGUAGUGUAUGGGGGGCAGUGUGUGUAUAUGAGGCAGUGUAUGGGGGCAGGGCAGCAUGUGUGUAUGGGGACAGUGUGGGAGUGUAUGUGUGUAGUGUGUGGGGGAGUGUGGAGGCUAGAUGUGUGGGGGCUGUGUGUGUAUGGGGGGGCUAGAGUGUGUGUAUGGGGGGCUAGAGUGUGUGUGUAAUGGGGCUAGAGUGUGUGUAUGGGGGCUAGAGUGUGUGUAUGGGGGCUAGUGUGGGGUAUGACAGUAUAGGGGCAAUGUGUGUGUGUAUGGGGGGCAAUGUGGGUGUAUGGGGGCAGUAUGGGGGACAGUAUAUGUGUGGGGGCAAUGUGUAUGGGACAGUAUGGGGGCAAUGUGUGUGUAUGGGGGCAGUAUGUGUGUGUAUGGGGGCAGUAUGGGGGACAGUAUAUGUGUAUGGGGGCAAUAUGUGUAUGGGACAGUAUGGGGAAUGUGUGUGUAUGGGGGCAGUAUGUAUGGGCAAUGUGUGUGUGUAUGGGUAGUAUAUGUGUAUAGGGGGCAGUAUGGGUGUAUGGGGGCAAUGUGUGUAUAGGGGGGCAGUAUGGGUGGCAGUGUGGGUGUAUGGGGGCAAUGUGUGUGUAUAGGGGCAGUAUGGGUGUAUGGAGGGCAGUAUGGGGGCAAUGUGUCUAUGGGGGGCAAUGUGUGUAUAGGGGGGCAGUAUGGGUGGCAGUGUGGGUGUAUGGGGGGGCAAUGUGUGUAGGGGGGCAGUAUGGGUGUAUGGGGGGCAAUGUGUAUGGGGGCAGUGUGUGUAUGGGGCAGUAUAUGUGUAUGGAGGGCAGUAUGGGGCAUAAUGUGUGUAUAGGGGGGCAGUAUGGGUGUAUGGGGGGGCAGUGUGUGUAUGGGGGGGCAGUAUGGGUGUAUGGGAGGGCAGUAUGGGGAUCAGUGUAUGUGUGUGUGUGUGUGUGUGAUAAGGGUAGGGGGGCUUUUUAAAAAAUAUAUAUUUUUUUUAAUUUAGUUUAAUAAAAAUAAUCAUUAUGUCCCCCCUCCCUUCUUACCUUUACUGGGGAGGAGGGGGGACAUUUCCCUGGUGGUCGGUGGGCGAUUCAUUGGUGGUCCGGAGGGGGAUUCAUUGGUGGUCCCAGUGGUGAUGAGAGUGAACUCUAGCCCGCGCUCCCAGGCUUGAGUUCACUCUCGCGAGAUUUGGAGCGUUGCCGUGGUAACCGCGGCAACGCUCCAAAUCUCACGAGAGGAGGACCCGGAGUAGCUGCAGACUGAGCUCCGGGUCCUCCUUCUCCCUCCGCCGCCGGCUGUCAGCACAGUGCCUGCGGACCGGGGAGGGAGAUCUCUGAUCUUCCUCCCCGGUCCGCAGGCACAUUGCACGGCUGGCAGGGGAGGGAGACCGGCGGAUUUCUCGGGGGGGCCAAUUGCCCCGUUGCCCCCCCCCCCUGGAUCCGCCACUGUCUCAGAUCAAGGGACCCAGUUCACCACUGACUUUACACACCAAUUGUCAAAGGUCUGCCAGAUUAAAUCCCUACUUAGCUCCCCAUACCACCCCCAGGCAAAUUGUGAAUUUCCCCUUUUUAUCUGAUCCUUCAAAACUUUAAAUAGUUUAAGAUAAUUUAAAUUUACCCAGGUUUCUAUGUCUAAGUUGAUUUAUAGUUCCAAAAUAAUUUUUGUGAAUCCCAAUUGCAUAUAUAUUUUAACUUAAAUAAUUUUAUCUGAUCUUGGGUUAAGUUUCAGAAGAUUAUUUGAGUUUUUUGUAGAUUAAUUUUAUAGUUAGAAAAGGGACUAAAGUUGUCUAUACAUUGCAUUGCUGAAGGGAUAGAGAUCUCCGGGUGAGUGAGAGUUAUUAUAUCAUCUGCAAAUAGUUAUUUUUUUGCUCACUCUCUCCUGUUAGUAUUCCUGAGAUUUUUUGAUUUCCUGAUAUAUGCAGCGAGAGGUUCGAUAGAAAGAACGUACAUCAGCAGCGCCAAAGGGCAUUCUUGACGCGCAACUGUAACCCCAAUUCUAAAGAAGCCUAAUCUUGACCAUAACUCCCCAUCCAACUAUCGUCCUAUCUCGCUACUGCCUUUUGCAUCCAAGAUCCUUGAAAAAAUUGUGUAUGCGAGAUUGACAGACUUCCUCGAGUCCAACUCUCUGCUAGACCCGCUGUGGAAACGGCACUGACAAAAGUAUCCAAUGAUCUACUCGCUGCAAAAUCUAGUGGUCACUACUCUCUCCUAAUUCUCCUUGACCUGUCUACGGCUUUUGACACUGUUGAUCAUCAACAGCUUCUUCUCAUCCUCCGCAAUAUUGGUCUACAAGAUAUUGCUCUCUCCUGGUGCUCCUCCUACCUCUCCCAGCAUUCUUUCAGUGUUUCUUUCUCUGGCUCUGCUUCUUCUCCCCAACUUCCCUCUGUUGGUGUCCCCCAAGGUUCUGUCCUUGGUCCUCUACUGUUCUCCAUCUAUACUGCCUCCCUUGGUAAACUCAUUAGCUCCUUUGGCUUCCAAUAUCAUUUCUAUGUGGAUGACACGCAAAUCUACCUGUCCUUUCCUGAUCUCUCCCCGUCCCUCUUGACUAGUGUCUCUGACUGCCACUCUGCUGUUUCUAACUGGAUGGCUGCCCACUUCCUUACACUAAACUUGACCAAAACUGAAAUUCUGGUCUUUCCUCCCUCAAGUGUUGUUACUCCUGUGUCUGUCUCCCUCCAAGUCAACGGUGCUACCAUCAGCUCCACCAAGCUGGCUCGCUGCCCUGGUGUUCUCUUUGACUCCGACCUCUCCUUCAAGCCUCAUGUUCAAUCUAUCGCCAAAUCCUGUCAUUUUCAUCUCAAAAACAUUGCGCGCAUCUGCCCCUACUUUAAGCCAGAUGCGACUAAGGUGUUGGUCCAUUCCACUGUCCUUUCUUGACUUGACUAAUGUAAUCUGCUUCUCAGUGGUCUUAUGUGCUCUCAACUUACGCUGUUACAGUCCAUAAUGGAUGCGGCGGUGAGGCUCAUCUUCCUGUGCGCCCGCACCUCCCAUGCCUCACCCUUCUGUCAGUCCCUACAUUGGCUUCCUAUAAAAUAUAGAGCUCAAUUUAAAAUUCUGGUUCUUGCUUUCAAAUCUCUACAUAAUGCUGCUCCCACCUAUCUAUCCUCCCUUAUACACAAGUAUGUCCUGUCUAGGCCCUUACGAUCUGCUGAAGACUUACAUCUAUCUUAAGUCCGUGUUCCCACCUCUGAUGCUCGCCUUCAAGAUUUCUCGAGGGCUGCACCGUUCCUGUGGAACUCGCUUCCCUCCUCCGUUAGAUGCUCACCCAGUCUCCACUCCUUCAAAAAAUCGUUAAAAACCCACUUCUUCAUAAAAGCAUAUGAAUUAAACUGUUAAAAGCUCCUGACUGAUUCCUCUUCUGCAACUGUCACUAGUCUAAUACUAUCCUUACCUUUUUGUCUCCUUUUACCCCACUCCCUCUAGCAUGUAAGCUCAUUGAGCAGGGCCCUCAACCCUCUAUUCCUGUGUGUCCAACUUGUCUGGUUACAACUACAUGUCUGUUCAUCCACCCAUUGUAAAGCGCUGUGGAAUUUGACGGCGCUCUAUAAAUAUCCUAAUAAUAGUACCAUUCUUCAUGUCUAACCAAUGUGAAUUCAAUCCAUUGCCAUGUACCUUUGCCUUAGGAUAAGUAUAUGGUGACAUGGCUAGGUCUUUAAAAGUACCUACAAUUCCAAAUGCUGUCAAUGUUUCAUCCAAAAAUUGCAAACUCACUCUGUCGAACGCCUUUUCGGCGUCGACAGCAAUAAAAACAGUUGGUAGGUUUCCCUUAUUGAUCUUCAAGUUUAAGUUUGCAAUUUUCGGAAGAGUGUCUCCUCACAAUCUUCCCCUUACAAGCCCCGAUUGAUCGUCACUUAAUAAAUCUGGAAUAACUUUACUUAGGCUAUUAGCUAAGAUUUUAGAUUAUAUUUUUAUAUCUAAGUUUAUAAGGGAGAUCGGGUGGUAGUUGGUAACAAAGUUUGUAUCUUUUGGUUUAGGAAUAGGCGAUACUGUAGCACUUAAUAGCUCUGGAGAGAUGCUUUUUGUAAGAUUUAAUUUGAUAAACCAUUUAUAAAGCAUAGGAGAUACUAUAGGUUUAAAUGUCUUUUUAAAAAAAAGGCAGUAUAGCCAUCUGGGCCAGGCAGUCGAUAUAUUGUUACGGUUCACCCAGGUAUAAAAGGGGUUAAUACCGCUGAGGACGUUCACCUUCCGAAUGGAGAGACAGCUAGCGAAAGCUCCAAUCAGCCGAACAGGAACUGUAACGGACCGUUUCAGCACACAAGGGGUUAAAACCGUUUAGGCGAUGGUCCCCUUCCAGAGAUGCAGGCACAGCUACUGCAGAACACCAAUCCGCCGAACAGGAAACCAUAUGAAUGGUGUAAACAGCAGAAUAGAAAAAACCAUACGAAUAGGUUUACACUCCUAGCAGUCAAACUGGAACAGCAUACAAUAAAUCCACCCCCAGAACGAGACAAAGCUCCGUGUUGUGGGUCAAGCAGUGAACAGCCAGAGCUGUGGAUUUAUUGUGCUUAUGUACACAUUCUUACACAUUAGUACCACCCACAGGGUUUUGGAACACAACCAAUAAACACAUACAAUACACUCAGAAACUCCCACACAAAUUCCUCCCCUCUGCUUGUGAUUCAAUUACCUUACACAAUGGGUAAUGUAAUUUAGCACAAGCAGAGAAAUACAAUUUUUCCCACAUUAUUCAUAACUUGAAAAGUAUGCAUCACAUUCACAUAAAACUUACAUUUUCAGAAUCAGCAUACUCCAAAUACAAACAUACGUCAAAAUCAUACAAAUUGGUCCAGUGGUUCAAAAGAUAGAUCGUAGUCCUUUGUGACCAAAUGAAGCAUGUCUUUUCUGCCCAAAACCAGUUCCACAGAGUCUUCUAUCCUGGAGAUAAUUAGAAGUAAUCCAAUUAUCUCCAAAGACAGAGGCAAAACUCCAUUGAACACAUGGCAGCAAAAGACAGUAAAAUACAAUAAAAUACACAAGGUUACAUUUAUGACAUAAAAUACAGACAUGCAACAUAUGCCCAGAUAGCUUAGGUCUAAGCGCACAUUAUUACUGAAUGGCGCUCAGAGCACACACAUACAGUUCAAUUGCUAUGGAGCCAAAGUCUUUCCCAUAGUCUUUCAUUAUACGAAUGGGCUCCAUGGCAUAGUUAUCUGGGGUAUCACUGCUCAAACAGGGCAAGCACCAAAUGACCCGGCUUUCUUGUCUUUGCAGGGGAAAAUCAAGCCUUUUAACAUGGGGCCAUAAUCCAAAGGCAACAGGCGAGCAACCAGGCUUCUCCAAUGCAAUGUGUCGAGAUUGCUCUCGUCACAGGAACCAUACGAAAUCCUUCAUGUAUCAAACAGCCGAACGAGUAAACCAUACGAAUCCAAUACCCCCAAGUACAAGACCAAGCUCCGUAUUGAGAGUUAAGCCGAGAUCUGAUUUAUUGAGGGCUACCUGCCCGGUAUUUAUGCAGGUCUCCCACUUGGUGGACACUCCCCUAGGGGACCAAAUGGAAGACUGGGACAAUAUGGAUAUAGUAGGCAAUCACCGUGGCACAAGCAUAAACACUCUCUCCUUUAGCUGAGAACAAGCCUCCUCUCUCUCCUGGAGAUAAUUGGGAAGUAAUCCAAUUAUCUCCACGGAUAGAGGCCAAACUCCAUUUUGUACAUAAUAAAAGUAUAUAAAAAUCAAUAACUCCAAAUUACACAAAUAGAAUAACCACAUUUAACGUAUCCCCAGAUAGCUUAGAUCUGAGCGCACAUUAUUACUGAAUGGCGCUCAGAUCCUAUACACACAGUUCAAUCGCCAUGGAGCCAAAGUAUUUCACGUUGUCUUUCGGUAUACGAACGGGCUCCAUGGGAUGGCUAUCUGGGGUAAGUAAUUUUGUGCAGAAAAGUACCGAACAGACCGGCAUUCGUAUGCUGGAAGGCACAGAAGGGAGGUCAGCGGUCUCAGCAGUGUUAGGGAGAAAGUGUCAGUUUUCAGCUCCAGGAAAUCGACGAACACCGCUGAUUAUUUGUGCGUCCAAGAUGGCCACCGCCUCGUGGUUGGCAUACAAACACCGUUCCAAGACAGAGGGAUCUGUCACAGUUAUUUCUAUUAGUUUAUCUGGCUUAAUUAAAGGAAGAGUGACUUUAUUAAAAAAAAUUAAGCUCAAAUUUUGUAAAUUUGUUUUCAGGUAAAUUAUAUAAGGACACGUAGUAAUUUGCAAAAACAUUCCCUAUUUGUUGGGGAGACAGGAUUUUUACAUCCUUUAUAUAAUUUUUUUUUUUUUUUUAUUGAUUGUUUAUUCUUCUCUGGUUUAAGUUUUUUGAUAGUAACUUCCCUACUUUAUUGCUACUACAAUACCAUUUUUGUUUACAAGACCUAACCAUUUUUUACCCUAUCUAUAAGCAAUAGAUUUAUCUGUAAUUGAAUUGUUUUAAUUUGAUUAGCUAUUUAUGUGGACGGAUUUUUUUUUUUGUUAACUUGUUCAAUUUUAGCCAGGUUUAUGUAUAAAUCUGAUAGUUUAGCUUCCUUCUUUGUUUUGCUCUAGCUUCUACUUGGAUUAAGUUGCCUCUUAUUAUUAAUUUAAACGUUGACCAUAGUGUUUCAUUGGAAACAUUAUCUUUAUCAUUAAAUUCUAUGAAUUCCUUAGCUAAUAAAUCUUAACGAUCUCUAUUAUCUUUAUUGAGUAAAGUUGUUUCAUCUAUUCUCCACUGAUAACUGGUUUUAUAGGCCAGGUCUUUUUUAAUUUAGACAUCAAUUGGAGUCCAAGUGAUAGGACCUAUAUAUGAGUUUGUGAAGUUACUUAGAUUUACUGAAUCAGUCAAGAAAAAAUCUAUUCAAGAGUAACUAUUAUGAGUUUUAGAAUAGAAAGCAUAAUCUUUUUCGUUAGGGUGCUGGACUCUCCAUAUGUCAAAGAUUGUUUUGCUUAAGAAUAUCUUGCAACCAUUCAGCCCUUAUUUUAUAGACUUUCAUCCUUUUACAUACUGUAGCCGAUUAUUUAUUUAUUUUGUCCCAUUUUUCGUUUAAACAGUGUUCCAGUCUCCCCCUAUCAGGAGUAUACCUUUUUUGACUUUAUCAAUCUUACUACAUAUCUUUUUAUAAAAUUUUUGCGAAUCUCAUUUGGAGCAUAUACAUUUGCCAAGGUGUGUAUUUUAUCGUUUACUUUGCAUAUUACUAUCAAAUAUCUACUAUUAGGAUCUCUCUAUAAAUAGUAAUUCAAACUUGAUUUUUUUUUUUUUAUUUUUUUUUUCCUUAAGUUUGCACACAACAGUUGGAUAUUUGGAAAAUUUCCAUUGAUUUUGGGUGUUGUCUUUCCAAUGGGAUUCUUGUAUAAAACAUAUAUCAUAUAUAUUAUCAUCUAUUAACUUCUUGUAUAAUAUACCUCUCUUAAUAGGAUUAUUCAACCCCUGGGCAUUUAUGGAUGAUAUUUUAAUUGACAUUGAUUGAAUGUGACUUCCUAAACGAAACUCCCUCUGGAUCGAACUACAAACGCUCUCGUCCUUUCUCAGCCUCCCGAGUGCAUCAAACAACCUUGUAGUAUAAAGCCAUACAUAUUUACACAAACACAUAACAUAUAUACAUUUAAAAAAAAUACGAUACUCCGCCUUCGAUAGUAACCUAUCUGGCGGUUCCCCUGAGAUUCAUACAUACUCCUCAUCGGGGGGUACACAAGCGCUGGUGGCGAUAAUGCCUAUAAUUCUAUCUUUAUCAAUAUCUUUGGUAGAAAUUUUAGCAAGUUUAACUUAACCUGGCUAUGCUUCUAGUUUGUUAACCAAAAGUCAAUAGUUCAUAUUUUCAUUGAGAAUUAUGGUAAAAAAAUACUAUUAACACUAGGGUUCGAUACUUAUAUUAGUUGCUCUAAUAUAACUAUUAGCAUUGGUGGUACCAUUUUUAAUCUUAAUUUACUCUUAUAGGUUCUGAUAGUGUUUUUUAAUUGCCUAGAUGGAGUAGGUAUAACUUUGAUAAGGAAAACAAAAAACACAUUUUCAAUACAUUUCUAAAUGUGUACCUUAAUAAAAUUGUUCUAGCUUCAUAAUUCUUAUUAUCCCAAAUUGUGUAUGUGACGAAACUCCCUGUACCCUGGCUGGGUACCUCCGCUGACGGAUGCUCCUAGUGCUUCUCAAGGACCAUCAGCACCGCACCGGACACCAUAGCCACUGCAGACACCACGAACUGCUGUAGCUUGGUUGGGAUCUCGCCGUCUCCAUCCCACCCUGGUCCAACCUCUGGAUCCAGAACCAUGUGGGAAGGACCUCUCCUCCAGGAGGGUAUAGCUGUGGGAAGGACCUCUCCUCCAGGAGAGUAUAGCUGAAGAGAGCUCUUACAAGAGCUAGCAGUGAUAUAGCAGUUGUAGCUGUUCCCUACAACACGAGACGAGGCUGCAAGAUGAGGGUAAGAAGGUCUGGUUUAUUGAGCACAAAGGCAUUUCUUUUAUACACAUUUUCAGGCCAGAGGCACCCCCCCUGGACCUGAUGGAAUACAGGGACAAAAGGGACGCAAACCAAUAGGAACAAUAAUUACUGUAACACUCUCACAAACCGUCAGCAAGCCCUCCCCUCUGCCUGUGAUAUAGUUAACAAAGACUAACUCAAUUAACUCUAAGCAGAAAAAACAUACAUUUUUACAAACCCAAAAAUACAACAUAUCCCCACAAAGUCACAUCCCCUGAUAGCCCUGAUCUGGGUGAACAAUAUAUCCAAAAGGGGUUCUGGAAUUUCCUUGAAGUCUUAUUUUUGCCCCACCGUGCACAUGGUCCCAUGCCCAAAACAGUUCCAAACACUUGACGACAAAACACUGCUGGACAAUUUAAUAUGGCCGCUGCCACAUGUUUGAAUCUGUUCCAGUUAAAAGUCCAAGGGGCAGAAACAGUACUUUUGAACAUGGAUUAUCACAGGGCCCAUAGUCCCAGGGUAGGAGGCUGGCAAUCAGGCCCCUCCAAAAGCCAGUGUAUACUUUGCUUGUAAUAACCGUUUAAUCUUGAUUGCCCUAUAUAAUCUCGUAUUUCCUCUAUGACAAAUCCUAGUAAUAUUUUGUUAUCUUAUUUUAUUAUUAAUAAAAUGUGAUACUCCAUUUAGGUAUAUUGUUGCCUCUCUUACUUAAUUUAAUAUUUCAAUACUUCAAAUUUUUGUUAUAGUGAUCCCACUUCCCCAUUCAUAUAGGUUUCUUUAGAUUAAAUAACACACAACUAUGUAAAGAGUCUAUAUAUUAAUUUCUACCUUACUAUAAAGAAAAACAAAAAACAUACUUUGCUGCAUGUCAGUAUAGGUAAAUAACGUUAAAAUGCUAAAAUAUACAACUAAUCCAUUAUACCCCUAUCUUUAAGUCUGGCUAAGUCUUCAAUUGAGUCAUUUAAGGUGAUCUAUUGAUCUUCAAAUGACACUAUCAACUUUGUUGGGAACCCUCAUCUAUAAGUAAUAUUUUUGGAUCUUAGUUUCUUAGUGAUCUCCUUUAAACUUGCAUGUUUUUGUCUUGUGGCUAGAGAAAGGUCAGGGAAUACCAUAACACCUUCAUAUUUAAAAAAAAAAAAAAAUUUAAUCUGAUUUUGCUUGCAUUUGUUUUUUUUAAAAGGACUUUGACAUAUCCAUUGGUAAAUCUGACCAGUACGUCUCUCGGUUUAGAGUCUUCAGAAUUACUUGGUCUUUAUAUUCUAUGACCUCUUUCCAAUGGGUUGUUUUAUAAUUUCAGAGAUUCCUUUGAAUCUAAGGUUGUUGCAACGAGAACGAUCUUCCACCUCAACAACUAGUUUCAAUUCUUUUAAUUUGUUGUCUAGGGAAUUAUUUUGUGUCUGAAACAGGGACAUCUCCGCUCUAACAUUAACAAUUUCUGUCUUGAGUCUCUUUUUUUUUGUGUUCAACACAGAUGUCCUUGAUCAAAUCUGACAUAUUCUGUUUAAGAUCAUUUUUAAUUUUUACGUACAAUUCAUCCAUUAUUGCUGUUAGGCUUUUUUUCUUGAUUACUUCACUAUCUGAGACCAUUGGAUUAUUGUCAGAGACUAACAAGUUAGAACCCUCUCUAGAAAUAGGUGAGAGGGAUCUCCUUUGUGACACUGAUUUAUUAAUAUCUGACUUGGGUGAAUAAUAAACAUUGAUCGGUUUAUUUUUCUCUGGUUUAUCUGUUGGUGGAGUGAUUUAUUUAUUUAUUCGUAGUGCUUUUCUUUAAUCUGCACCUAGUGUCUCAUUUCGCUUUCUUCCCCUUCUUUCCCCUAAAUUAUUUUUAGUUUCGCUUCUCUUAUCUACUUUUGGUCUUCAAAUUUACUAAACAGCUAUGGAUUAUCUGAGCCAAAAAUUAUGUAGACCAUGGAGAGUGGAAGCUGAAUUUGGAUCUCUAUCAAAGAAUUUGUGAUCUAUGGGGCAUGCAGGAUAUAGAUCUAUAGAUUGUUUUACUCCAGAAGCUACGACCAAGAGUGAAAGUGAUUCCUCUUUUUUUUUUUUUUCUUUUUUUUAAUUUGACGUUUAUUAGAGUUCAUACAUAUAGUAUACAACUGUACCAAGUUAUAAGGAACUAAACAGAUCAAGAAUAUUUCAAGGCUGGGGAGCAAUGCAACAUUCAUAACUCAAAUUAAAGUAUAAGGAAAACCUAGUAGGUAUGAAGAGAUCUUGAAGGUAAGUUGCAGUAAAAGAUAUAGCAUAUCACACACUUCAGUCGGCUGACUAAUUCUCGCAUGUGGAAAGAGAUUUAGACAGACAUCUGACAUUCUAGUUCAACAAAAUUAGGAUGUGAUCUAUAAAAAUAUGAUAAUGUCUCUGGUGCCUGAGAUUGAUUAAUGCCGUUUUGAUUUGCAUUGUGGGCCUCCUCUUUCCAAUACAUCCCACUUGCGGCUUGUCUCCUCAGGUAGUUCCCUCUCCGGUGAAGGCUGCUCUCAGGCCCAAUUUAUGGAGCAGCAUCUCUGGGUUAUAUGAGGAGGACAAGGUGAGUAUUUCAGUGCCAUAAGUAACAGCAAGAUAUUACUCUACGUUCCAAAGGUAUUUAACUGAGUGGUGUCUGAGUUCCCUGGCAAUAGGUGCAAACUGUCUGUGUUCUGCAAGGGUGGAGAAGAAGUCACUGUAUAUGGAUACUGUGUGGCUCUCAAAGGUCACUUUUCCCAAGCAUCUAGACUUGUUCAUAAUAGCGGCUCUCACUGCAAUGUCUCUUGUAGUGGCAAUAACUUCCCUAGGUGCAUCUGCUGGUGCUGCAGCUGAUUUUACAUACUCUGAUAGAGGACAGAAUAGCUGGAGCUUCUGCUCAGUAUUGUAUGCCCAAGGAUGUUGCUAUUCUUCUGCCGAUCUCUUCAGGGAUGCCUCACAAGCAUAUGUUCCAGUAGCGGUGUCAGGAUUCGUUUCUUAAUAUGUGAGUUUAGACGACUCACCUGGUGUUUCGUGUCUUCUCUCUCUCCUCGACAGCAGAUACUUUGUUACAAAACACCAAUUUCAGCUUGGGUUCUCUACAGUUUUGCCUUUCAGCCCUGUCUAAGGGCAGCCUCUUGAUGUCUUCUUUUGUUGAGGGAGAGGAAUCCUCAUCCGAAUCAGCAUUUUGGUGCACACCACUAGAAGUAAGUGAAGUGCAUGUCUCCUCCUCAUCAUGCAAAUUAUCUGAGACCUCUGGCUUACUCUGGGGUUCAGACACCACUCUGAUGGGUAAUGGCUGUGUUGUUCGUUCAAAUGACAGCCGGAUGUCUGGGAGUCCAGGCCUCUCUAUCUGGUAAGGCUUCUUGUGUUUGCACCCCAUUAUGAUCUCUGGGGGGCAGUUGGAGGGGGAUCCUACUAGUAAGGAUCACCCUCACUAGUAGGAUAUACUCUGGUGGUCUUAUGAAGGAACCAUGAGCCUAGGAGCAUAAGCUGCCUCCCUUCUGCCCACGUGUUGUAGGUCGCAGUUUCUACCGCGCCUAUGGCAGCUGAGUAUCAGCAAUUCAAGCCUGAGCCGAAGGAGAACACUGCAGCCCAUGGGUUCCAGAUGUGUUGGGAGUGGUCUUGUUAACUGAUUGUUCAUUUAGCAAAAUCUCUGGUAUUUUAUCGUAUCGCCCGGAGCUCUUGCGAAGUGCAUCUGUACGGCUCAACGGGUAAGCUCCACCCCCCAUGAUCUUUCUUUUUCUGGACUGACUUUGGUACCAAACUGUUGGAACUAGGGAAAUGGGUUCCCUUUAUAACAUUGUUUGCAUUUGAUAUUUCUGUCCUAUCAGCGAUUGUGAUGCAUCUUUGUAGACAUACCAUUCGUACUAUAUAAUGUACUUCAGUGGUUUUUACCCUAUUUUGUUUUAAAUAAAUAGUUGGAUGUGUUUUGUGCCUAUUUUGUGUAGUUCAUAUUUUAAAUAUUUACUUUUUGCUGGUUUUUUUUCUACUAUUCUAGUAUAUUCAAUUAGGAUUAUUAAAGUAUAUCAACAAGACAGUCAGCUAUUCUUCCAAUUCUUAUGGCAGUCUUUUGUACAAGAUAAGGUCACUUCCAUUCAGGGCUGACCUUAGGGGUGUGCGAGCUGUGCUCACAUAUGGCCGUCCGGGAUUAUUAAAAAAAAAAUUGAGUUAAUUACUGUAUCAACUCCAUUACCUCCAAACGAAAAAAGGACAUAUUUUAUACAUUUCUGGAAACACCCCAAAAAUCACAUAAAACCCCAUUAAAAAAAAUAUAUCUUCUGAUAUCCCCAAUCUGGGUGAACAACAUAUUCAAAAAUCACCCAAAUUGGUUCAGGGGUUCUAAAGUUACAUGGAAGUCCCAUUUCUGACCAGCCGCACACGAGGCUCCUGCCCAGAAUAGUUUCAUGAAUUCAGCGGGUGCGGCCGGUCUCUUUCGUGCAUUUCAAAAUGUCGAACAAUAUCUUGAAUAAUCUUUCAUGUGUAAGGUAGUCAUGUGCAUCUUUAUUUGGGAGUUGUUUUUACCGAAUGCUGCCUCCUUCGGAUGAAUUAUGACGAAGCUAAGUGGUCCUGGAAGUCUCAGCGGUGUUUGGGCCGUUGAGUGUCCGCAAAUAGUUCCAUACACUCGACGACCAAACCCCGCUGGAUGCCUUCGACAAAACAAGAUGGCUGCCACCACGUGUUCGUGCAUGCAAAUCGACAGCCACCCAGUUAACAACUUAGAAUGUUCAGAGUUGUAGUUUGGAAUAGCGUCAAAUAGGUCAAUUGACAGCACACGACUGCUUUGGGUGGUCGAAUGGUUUGUUAAAAUGUUCGGUAUACGAACCAGCUGUUCAUUGUAGUUUGUAUAUGUUGAGAUGAAUGUCAUUACAAAUAAGGCUCAGAGUAGUAACAAAACAUAAAUCCAGAGAGUUAUGUUUCAGAAAUGUUAGACAAGAUGGAGGAACACAACUGCAGAAUUAAUAGGUAGUACGAAAAGAAAAAAUAAUUUACUUUAGGAUUCCUUGAGAGAUUUUAUUUCUUUAUUUAUCUUUAGUGAAUUUUAGUUGAAGACAAAUAUAAUUACUUAUUUGCAGUUUGGCAUGUAGUAAGAAAAAAUACUUUGCCCAAACGCUCUGGUUGCAACAAAUGUAAAAAAAGAAAAAAGUAACAAUGUCCUUAAUUAUGCAAAGUAGGAGUUAGAAUGCAGCAUAGGAAUUAGUUUUGAAUAGAUUGUAGAAAUGUAACAAUUCUUUAAGUAGUAGCAGAAGUUCUUAAUAACUUGACUAGUAGUUAAGUGGCACAUAGAAUUUGAUGAGACUUAUAUGCAGAAUUGCAGCAAGAAGUAAAUUGAUAGAUACUUAUGGUUUUCCGUGAAACUCCUGAGGAUGAAGUUAUUAGUAGAUUUUGAAGGGAUUAAUAUAUCCAGGUAUUUUAGUAGUAACAAUCCAGUUUGUUUGAGAGUUAAUGAAGUAAGGAGUCCAUCCUGGUCUGGUAAUAGAUGAGGACAGCAUGGUAUAGUAUUCCAAAAUAAGUAAGAGGUACUUCAGUGUGGAGUCCGAAGUUGAAGAAUUCAAACAAGCAAGAGGUAACUCAGCAAAGAGUCUGAGGUUGUGGAAGUCUAAUGUAGUAAGAGGUAGCUCAGCGUGGAGUCCGAGGUUGGGACAGAAUCACUCAGCAGUUCUGAACACGGAAGUAACCACGGGGGAACGGAGUUAUGGUAAAUUGACACAACAUCAUAUUAUAGUAAGAUGUAUUACAGUGGAGCUCUGGUAUAUAAAAUGCACAUUACUCUGUGUUUUAUAGUUAGGCAGCUCGGUUAUACACAAAUAGGCACAUUACGUAGAGUUGUAUUGAUGUGUAGUAUAUGAUUUUGUCACAGAGCUCCACAUUACUGGGAGUUUUAUUGUUGUGGAGCUCUGUGAUAAAUGGAGAAGUAGCACAUUACUAUUAAUUUUUAUUCCAAAGAGGUCAAGAUAAAUAAGUAUAAUCCAGAGCUCCAAAGCAAAACUACUCACAGUAUUAUGUGACAUACUUAGUCUGCUCCUCUGUAAUGUAGGGGAGGCAGUCUGGCACUUCUGUUGGCUGCAGACCAUAAGUAGCUGUCUUUCUAGCUUGGGAUAAUCCGAGCACUGCCGCAGAUUACCACAGGACACUUAAAGUCCUUGAGCUUGCAAGACAUUUACGUAUGGUCUGUACGCAGUGGAGUGGCAGACCAGAUUCAGACCAGCAUGCCCCUCUCCCAACUAGGUAACAGGAAAGGAUGAAUGAAUUUUUGUUUUUAAAUCAUUAUUUAAUAAAUACCCUAUACAAUCACUACACUCCUAUAUACACACACACUAUACAUGUAUUAUGGCGGGGGGGGGGGCGCUGUGAAGAUUUUUAGCACAGGGCACAUAAAGGCCGGCCCUGCUUUCAUUCAUAUUUUUAUAUAAAUCAUGGACACUUAUUGUUCUAUGUAUCACUAUUUUUGUUUCAAUGCUUUGUAUGACAUUUAUUUGAUAAUUGUACAAAAAAUAAUCUUUUUUUUUUAUUUUGUAAACUACUCAAAUCCAUUAAAUAAAUAAAUUCUUCCAUAGGAUGGAAAUAGAACUUUACCAGAUUCUGAUAAAGCAAUACUGGAUAUCCUUGAACAUGAUCGUAAGGAGGCACUGGAGGAUCGACAUGAGCUUGUGGACAGGAUAUUUAAUCUACAGGAAGAGAUACGUCAAGUUGAAGAUUUGCGGGACAAGGUAGAAAUGAAACCACAAUUAAAGUACAGUGACAUUCCUUCUAAGAAAAUAUAA